ACUUUUCCUUCCACUCGCCCCCCUCUCCAUUCACUCCUCGGUGGUACCUCUGGAUUCACAUACGCUUUUCAGAAACGCAGAGUUUGCUGCAUACUUAGCUUUUGGUGUUAAAGGAAUGGUUGUCUCUGUAAGUUACUUACAUCCUCAAGCGGCUUGAAUUGACUGAUAUAUCCAGUUCUUCGUUUAAUUAUGGGAGAAAUAUUGGGGUGUCCAGUUUCAGUUUCGAAAACAUCAAAUGGGUUUAGGUUCUAUGAUCAGUUAUGUGGCCAGAGUAUUGGUAGAAAUGGGGUAUGCUGUCCGUGUUCUCGUUAUGGGUCUGCUAUGAGAACUUAUAGAAGAGGGGCGGGUGGACCGCGUGGAGUAUAUAUGGUUUCCUUGCCUGUUGAUGGAUGUUUUUGGUUUGCUCAUGUUAUGAAGGUGUCACAUAUGAAAUUGCUGCUGGGGUCUGUUAGAGUAGGGAAUUCAGUUUAUGUACCAAAGAUGAUAGCUAGUAUUGAAUCUGGCGUGGCUUGUGAAGAUGAGGAAAAAGAUACGACUCAUAGAGAAGAAGAAGCAUAUGGAUUGGACUCUUUAGGGGGAGAGUUGGUCAUUGAUCCAAGUAUGGAUUUUGACCCCAAUCUGCCUUCAACUAGUUCAAAUGGGAAGAGCAUUGUGAAUGAUAUCAGAGUAUACUUUUUGGAGGAAAGGGAUGAAGAGGUACUAUCAAGGAGAAUUUUGAUGCUUAGCAGGUCUAAUAAGGUAAGAAGUGCAUUAGAAUUGUGUAGGUCAAUGGAGUUGACAGGUCUUCGACCUAAUGUACAUUCCUGCAAUUCACUUCUCUCUUGCCUUUUAAGAAAUGGGCUAGUUUGUGAUGCCUUGCAGACUUUUGAGUUUAUGAAGGCAAAUGAGAUUACUACAGGGCAUACUUAUAGCUUAAUACUAAAAUCAGUUGCAAAUUCUCGGGGUUGUGAUUCAGCACUUGAUAUGUUUGCUGAAUUGGAAGAGAAUUCGAGGCAGAGGAAGGAUUUUGAUGUGAUUGUUUAUAAUACAGUGAUAUCUAUUUGUGGAAAAAUGAACAAUUGGGUUGAAACUGAGAGAUUGUGGAGAAAGAUGAAGGAAAAUGGCCACACGGGAACACAAGUCACUUAUUCUCUAUUAGUUAGCAUUUUUGUCCGUUGUGAUCAGAAUGAAUUGGCAGUAGAUGCUUAUGAUGAGAUGGUACAAAAUGGUUUAAAACCUCAGGAAGACACCAUGCACGCCAUGAUUAGUGCCUGCACAAAGGAAGGGAAGUUGGAUUUAGCAUUAAAAAUUUUUCAGAGUAUGUUGAAUGGUGGGUUAAAGCCAAGCCAAGUUGCAUGCAAUACAUUAAUCAAUUCACUUGGAAAAGCUGGAAAUGUCAAACUAGCUUUUAAAAUCUAUGAUACUAUGAAAUCCUUGCAUUAUACUCCAGAUAGCUUCACAUGGAAUGCACUGCUUGGUGCUUUGUACACAGCAAAUCAACACACUGAUGCUAUUCAGCUCUUUGAGAGAAUAAGAGAGCAGAGCACAUUACUAAACGUGCAUAUGUACAACACUGCUCUAAUGUCAUGCAAGAAGCUUGGUUGGUGGGAGAGAGCACUACAGUUGUUAUGGCAAAUGGAAGCUUCAGGGUUGUCUGUGCCAGCAGCAUCCUACAAUCUUGUAAUUGGUACUUGUGAGGUUGCCAGGAAACCAAAAAUAGCAUUGCAAGUUUAUGAGCACAUGGUCCAACAGCAAUGUGCUCCUGACAUAUUCACACAUUUGUCACUAAUAAGAAGUUGCAUAUGGGGAUCUCUUUGGGAUGAAGUAGAGGAAAUUGUAAAUCAGGUUGGCCCGAAUGUAUCUCUUUAUAAUGCUGCUAUCCAGGGAAUGUGUUUAAAAGGCAAGGUUGAAUCAGCAAAGAAAAUCUAUGCUAGAAUGCGAGAAAAUGGUCUCAAACCUGAUGGCAAAACCCGGGCAUUGAUGCUUCAGAACCUAGGGCAAAAUCAGAACUUGCAGAAACGUCGAAACUAGUGGAGAUGUUAAUUCAAAGUGGACAGACUAUUUUCUUUCCAUCCAAGGAACUGACUGUGGCUAGUGGUUAUGACCGAAGAGGAACGACCCAACCUCUGUAUGAAGUGGUGUUUGCUUGUCAUGCUUAUCUUGUAUGUGAUACGCAAAGCACAUAUACACACUGUGAACAAAUUAUAAAGGCAUGUAUGCCUACAGUGGUGAAUGAAUUACUUGUUAUAUGAAUGUGUAUAAAAUCCACGUCCUGUC